AUGCUUAUAGCUUCUUUAAGCUUAGUUGCAUUCCCAUUUAUGACAGGAUUCUAUUCAAAAGAUUUUAUACUUGAAUCUGCUUAUGGUCAAUAUUAUUUCUCUGGUACUGUUGUUUAUAUAAUAGCUACUAUAGGAGCAAUGUUUACUACAUUAUACUCUGUAAAAGUGUUGUAUUUAACAUUCUUAACUAAUCCUAAUGGACCUUUAAUAAACUAUAAACAAGCACAUGAAGGUGAUAUCUUUAUGAGCUUACCUUUAAUGAUUUUAGCUGUAUUCUCAAUAUUCUUUGGGUUUAUAACAAAAGACAUGUUUAUAGGGUUAGGUUCAGGAUUCUUUUCAGAUAAUGCUUUAUUUAUACAUCCUUCUCAUGAAAUAAUGCUAGAUACUGAAUUUGGAGUACCAACUCUAUUUAAGUUAUUACCUUUAAUAUUUACUAUUUCAUUAAGUGUAAUCGCUAUAGUGUUGUCUGAAUAUUUAUCUACUAUACUAAUUUACUUUAAAUUAUCUAGAGUAGGUUACAACAUAUUUAGUUUCUUCAAUCAACGUUUCUUAAUAGAACUAUUUUACAACAGAUACAUUACAGGUAUUGUACUAAAACUUGGUGGACAAACUACUAAAGUAAUAGAUAAAGGAUCCGUAGAGUAUUUAGGUCCUUAUGGGUUAGAGAAAGGAUUAUUAAAUAUAAGUAGUAAUAUUGCUAAAUUAAACACUGGUGUUAUUACAUCUUAUGCAUUGUAUAUCUUGAUAGGGUUAAUCUUUUAUCUUUUAUUUAACUCCUAUAUUAAUAAUUCUAUUAUUACUCUAGCACUACUUAUAUCUUUAUCACUAGUAUUGUCUUAA